CGGCGGGCUCUGGGAAGGCCCCAAGUUAAUGAGGCGGACGCCGGCUGCCGAGCGCCUCUCGGAGCUGGGUUUUCCCCCGCGGCGCGGGCGCCAGGAGCCGCCUUUUCCGCUGGGUGUCACUCGGGGGUGGGGAGGGUGGCCCAUUGAAAAGCGCCGCGAGGGGGCCCGGCCAGUGCCCUUCAGUGAGCGCUCGUGGGAGGACGGCAGAGAGCAGCCUGCUCACGGCUCCGGGAUCUUGUGGCGCGUCAGGACGCGGCUGUCCCUCUGCCGGGAUCCCGAGCCGCCACCGCCGCCGCCACCACCGCUCUGCCUCCUGCGAGUCAGCUUCCUCUGCGCUCUCCGGGCGGGCGGCCGCGGAAGCCGCUGGGGUGAGGACGGCGCACGGCUGUUGCUGCUGCCCCCAGCCCGGGCGUCUGGAAGCCGAAAGGCCGAGCCGAGCAGCAGCACCCCUUAUGCCGGAAGGAUGCUGGAGAGCAGCGGCUGCAAGGCGCUGAAGGAAGGAGUGCUGGAGAAGCGCAGCGACGGGCUGCUGCAGCUCUGGAAGAAAAAGUGCUGCAUCCUCACCGAGGAAGGGCUGCUGCUCAUCCCGCCCAAGCAGCUGCAACAUCAACAGCAGCAGCAGCAGCCCGGGCAGGGCACAGCUGAACCGUCCCAACCUAGUGGUCCCACCGUCGCCGGGCUUGAGCCGCCAGUCAAGCUCAAGGAAUUGCACUUUUCCAAUAUGAAGACUGUAGACUGCGUGGAGCGCAAGGGCAAGUACAUGUACUUCACUGUGGUGAUGGCGGAGGGCAAAGAGAUCGACUUUCGGUGCCCCCAGGACCAGGGCUGGAACGCGGAGAUCACGUUGCAGAUGGUGCAGUACAAAAACCGUCAGGCCAUACUGGCAGUCAAGUCUACGCGGCAGAAGCAGCAGCACCUGGUCCAGCAGCAACCUCCGCAGCAGAUCCAGCCCCAGCCCCAGCCCCAGCUCCAGCCCCAGCCCCAGUCCCAGCCCCAGCCCCAGCCGCAGAUCCAGCCUCAACCGCAGAUGCAGCCUCAACCGCAGCCCAAGCCUCAACCGCAGCCCAAGCCUCAGCCCCAACAGCUCCACUCCUACCCACAUCCGCAUCCGCAUCCUCAUCCUCACCCUCACCCUCACGCACACCCGCACCCGCAUCCGCACCAUCCACAUCAACUCCAACACGCGCACCAGCCUCCUCACUCCGUGCCGCACGGCCACCGGCUUCUCCGCAGCACCUCCAACUCUGCCUGAAGAGGGCGGCACCCAGGGCCACUCAAGGUUUCGAGGACUUCGGAAAGUGGGACAAAUGCAUUGCUAUUGUGUUCACUUGGAUCCAAAACAACAGCCUCCCCCUCCCGCGCCAGCACAAGUAGUUUGUGGACAUCUCCCGCCUUGCGGUUCCUCUUAGUUUUCUGCAUAAUCUUCAUCACCGUGCAGGAAGCGAUUUUGAGUCAAGACGACUUUAUUUAUGAACCUUUGAAAGGAUCGUCUAACGUAAUGGACCUUGUAGGAGCAAUUUAUGUACUGUAAUUUUAUUUUAAUGUAUUUUGGUUUAUGAUUAUUUAUUAGUUUUUUAUGCCUAUUCUAAGACAUUUCUGAAUGUAGGCCAUCCCCCACCCCCAUGAAAUUUUAUUUUCAAAAGCCUAUUUCCUGGUAAGCCCUAAUCUUGGAAAAGAAAAAGGGUGGUGGAGGGGCGAACACUAAAAAUUGACUCCUUAUCCUUAGGGCGUUCUCAGAAAGUCGACUCUUUCAUUGUAUUUGAAGAGGUUGAAAUUAAAUUCUGACAUUACUUUUACUUGUUUAGGUCUCUUUCAUAGAUGUGUAGUUUGUAUGGAAGGUUCUUUUCCUUUUCUUCUUUUUUUUUUAAGCUAAAGGGUCAGAAUGUAUAAUUAUGAGAACCUGAUAGUUAAGACCAUGCUUUUCUAAAAAGGAAACAGUAGGAAUGAAACUGGAUGUCAAAAUAUUUAAAUACUGCCUGAGGGGGCACGGCGACUGGCUUGGUAAUGUGGUAAUCGGAACUUGUAGCGACUGUGUUAGAAAGUUUAACGAAUCUUUAUGGAAUGAGAGCUGGACUCUGGUAGAGUGACAGGCCUCUGGGAUUCAAUCCUAGCACCAAGAAAGCCGUUUUCAUUGUAAUUGGUAAAGCACCCAUGUUUUUAUUUAUAAAUGUAGGAGGUUGCCACUUAACUUGAGGCAUUUCUACCCCUGUUCAGAAUGCCAUACCUUUCACCAAGAGCUCUGUCUACUUGGCUUGAGCCUCAUUUUCUUAGCCUUUUACCGUGUCAUGGAUACACACUGAAAAUGAUUUGUGAAUACACCAAAGGACUAGGAGUCAUAACAUUCCUCAUCUUGAAAAUAAUCCUGAGCAGAGAUGUCAACUCUUUUCUCUUUAUGGCCCGGAGAAAUCCAGACCUUCCAUGUAUUAGGUCAGAUUGUUUAGUUCAGUCAAGAAGGAAGGACUGGGCACGCUCUAGGUGGAUGGUUCUCAACCUGCGGAUGGUGACCCCUUGGGGUUGACUGGCCAUUUGCAGGGGUGGCACAUCAGACAUCCUCCAUAUCAGAUAUUUACAUUAUGAUUCACAGUAGUAGCAAAAUCAGAGUAAUGAAGUAGCAGUGAAAAUAAUUUUGUGGUUGGGGGGGUUACCACUGCAGGAGGAACUGUGUUAAAUAAAGGAUUGCAACAUUAGGAAGCUUGAGAACUAUAGCUUCUAGAUUUGUCAGUAAGAAAACAAACGCUCAUUUUCACGACUCCUCAUUCAGGCUGCUGAGAGGGUAAAGGGAGAGGAUGUGCUUUGAAAGGUAGAACAAGGCCUCCUCUGUGUAAAAUUCAAGAGAUGAGUAAGAUCUACAAAAGCAGCGCAGCCCCGAAGUCUCUCGGGGCUGAAAAUCACUUCCUAGCUGUCCAGCUCUGCUAACUGGUCUCUUGCCCUGACCUUUUCACAGUGUCUUGGUCAGUGUUUUUCCAGCAUCCACAUUGGAAUGCUGUUUCUCAGAACUGAGGACAGAAAGAAGAUUUGGUGAGGUGAAUGCUGCCAUCUGAAAGUCAUAAUUUAGUAGAAAAGUUGCAGGGGAAAAUUGGAACUCCCAGGGGGAAAACCUGACAGUUCUGCUUUCAGGGCUGUCUAAUCUGUAGUUGUGAAAAUGUUCUGCCAAAGGUGUAAAUCGCACUGUGUAUGUAGGACAGCCCUGAGAGACCAUCUUGACAUGUAUUCCAGGCUUGAUUUGCCUUCCUUGGAGCUAAUUCUGUGUUUGGAUAGCAUGCCCCCAGGUAGUACUGUAGUUUAUACAUGCAGAUCACAUAACCCAGUUAACCCACAGCUCUUUCCAGCUGCGGUACUUCCUUCUAAUUUAUGUAUCGUCAGCAUAUAAAGCCCAUCUCAAAUGAGGUGAACAUUAAGAUUGAUGUAGCUUUUUUGUUUGUUUGUUUUUUUUUGUUUUUAAAGACAUGUCUCUUGUUGGAUUACAUAUAUAAAACUAGGUCAUCUCAUUGAAAAACCAAAAACAAGAAAACAUGCCCAGGCCCCAUCUUGGUUGCUAGAAUAUUUUCUUUCUUACAAUAGCCAUGGCUCUUGAUAUAGGAUCAACAGAACUGUGGUCUCUUGUAUCUGCAAUGACAUGCUCCAAAAGUUUCUCUUGACAUUAAACUGUGAAAUCUCAAA